GCGUGCGACACCGAGCGUGAGAGCGCAGGCGCACCAAGAUGGCGGCGGUGCGGUGCCUAACGCGUUUGGCGUCUGUGUCCUCGGGCCCGGCGGCCGCUGCCCCGUUACUCGAUGUCGGGGCUUUGCCAGUCUAUGCUUCCCGCCGACUCAGCACCACCUUCGUGAAGGGUCGCGGGCUUCUGUCGGCUGGAGGGGUGGGCCUGAGACUCGGGCUGGAGCUGUGGCUCAAGCGGCCCGGCUCUGCACAUUCCAUAGGUGUGGCUGGAUUUCACACAACCUCAGGUUUAGCCAAGACUGACUAUUAUGAGGUGUUGGGGAUCCCACGAAACUCCUCGCAGAGGGACAUUAAAAAGGCCUAUUACCAGCUUGCGAAGAAGUACCACCCAGACACAAACAAAGACGACCCGAAGGCAAAGGAGAAGUUUUCCCAGGUGGCAGAAGCUUAUGAGGUACUGAGUGACGAGGUGAAGAGGAAGCAGUAUGACACGUACGGGACGGCAGGGUUUGAUGCAGGCGCAGGCAGGGGCCAGCAGUACUGGCAGUCGGGCCCUUCACUGGACCCAGAGGAACUCUUCAAGCGCAUCUUUGGUGAAUUUUCUGGAUCUCGAUUUACAGAUUUCAACAGCGUGUUUGACCAGCCACAGGAGUACAUCAUGGAGCUGACGUUCACGCAGGCCGCCAAGGGAGUGAACAAGCAGAUUACCGUGAAUCUGGAGGACACGUGCCAGCGGUGCGAUGGCAAAGGGAAUGAGCCAGGAACCAAAGUUCAGCACUGUCAUUACUGCAACGGAACAGGCAUGGAAACCCUGAACACCGGUCCGUUUGUGAUGCGUUCCACGUGCCGCCGGUGUGGUGGGCGGGGAUCCGUGAUGACUACGCCCUGCAUUGUGUGCCGAGGGAGUGGACAGAGCAAGCAGAAGAAGACGGUUGUGGUGCCGGUUCCAGCUGGUGUGGAGGACGGACAGACUGUGCGGAUGCCCGUGGGACGCAAAGAGAUCUUCAUCACCUUUAGGGUUCAGAGGAGCUCGACAUUUCGACGGGAUGGAGCAGACAUUCAUUCUGACCUGUAUAUAUCCAUAGCCCAGGCCAUACUCGGGGGCACCGCUCGAGCUCAGGGACUACAUGAAAUGAUCAACAUCACGAUCCCAGCUGGAAUUCAGGUUGAUCAGAGGAUUCGACUAGCUGGCAAAGGUAUCCCAAAAGUCAAUAGCCAUGGAUAUGGAGAUCACUAUAUUCACAUCAAGGUGAAAAUCCCAAAGAGACUGUCCCCCAGGCAGGCUUCCCUGAUGGCAGCAUAUGCCGAGGAGGAGGUCGAUGUGGAGGGCACAGUUAAUGGAAUAGUUAACACGGCUGCAGGCACUGAAGCCCGGGCAAGGACAGAGACUGUGCAGAGAGAGUCAGAGAAACCACAGGCAGAGCCAGGGGAAAACAAGGAAGGAUUCCUAACUAAAUUAAAGCGAAUGUUUAGUUGAUGUUUCUGAGGAAAACGCUCGAGUGGGAACUGAGCCCAGACUCCUGUACUCUGCAGCAUGUAUAAUGACUCACCGUUAUCAAAAGGGGCAGAGGGCUGCUGGAGGAAUUCCUUUCCCAUGGAACUGGAUGAGCAACACAAGCCGGACUCAUUUUCCAAGAAUGUCGUUACAUUUAAUUUUAGUUUUGAUUACUCUGUACAGUGAUGUCAAUAGCUCUGUAAAUAUAGUGAUAGAUCCAGUAUUGCACUAUGUGAUUGAUGUUUUGGAUGAGAUAAAAUUGUGCUGCUA